AUGGCGCUCAUAGUCGAUAAGCACCGUCCCCGGACUCUCGACUCUCUGACCUACCAUUCGGAGCUGUCCGAGAGACUGCGAUCUUUGGCCCAGAGCGGCGAUUUCCCUCACCUUCUAGUAUACGGACCUUCUGGUGCCGGAAAGAAGACACGAAUUGUGGCCACACUGAAGGAGCUGUACGGGCCUGGAGUCGAGAAGAUCAAGAUUGACGCGCGAGUCUUCCAGACCAGCAGCAGCCGCAAGCUGGAAUUCAACAUUGUAGCCUCCGUCUACCAUCUGGAGAUAACCCCUUCGGACGUUGGAAACUAUGAUCGUGUCGUCGUACAAGACCUCCUCAAGGAGGUUGCCCAGACCCAACAAGUCGACCAGUCCGCAAGACAAAAGUUCAAGGUCGUUGUCAUCAACGAGGCAGACCAUCUGACCCGUGAUGCCCAAGCCGCCCUGAGACGAACGAUGGAGAAAUACAGCCCGAACCUUCGAUUGAUACUCCUGGCCAACAGUACGGCAAACAUCAUCGCACCCAUUCGAAGUCGAACACUCCUCGUCCGGGUUGCGGCUCCUACAAUAAAUGAGAUCUCGAGUGUGCUGGCGGAAUCGGCCAAGCGCGAAGGAUGGCCAGUCGUCAAGGGCUUGCACAAGAGAAUCGCAGAGGAGAGCGGACGGAAUCUCCGAAGAGCCCUGCUGAUGUAUGAGGCGGUCCAUGCCCAGAAUGAGAAAGUGACGGACGAUACGCCCAUACCGCCUCCAGAUUGGGAAGCCCUAAUAUCCCAGAUUGCGAAGGAGAUCAUGGAGGAACACACGCCCGCCCGGAUCCUCCAAGUUCGAUCGAAGCUCUACGACCUCCUGACCCAUUGCAUACCUCCGUCAACGAUCCUCAAAACCCUGACCUUCAAGCUCAUCCCCCUUAUCGACGACGACCUGAAGUGGGAGGUGAUCAAGUGGUCGGCGUUCUACGAGCACAGAAUAAGAAUGGGCAGCAAGGUUAUCUUCCAUCUGGAAGCCUUCGUGGCCAAGUUCAUGAGAAUAUUCGAGCAGUACCUGAUGACCAUGGACAUGUAA